AUGAAUGCUCUACGGUUCGUCAGACCUGUCGCGGCUCGGGUUCCGUUCCAGCGCUCAACUCUGCCUCGCGUGGUUCGCGCAUACAGCUCCGAGUCGUUCGAAUACAUCCAGACGUCUACCCCGAGGCCUGGUGUUGGACAAGUCACGCUGAACCGGCCCAAGGCCCUCAACGCCCUCUGCACCCCGCUGGUCGACGAGCUGAACGACGCCCUCAACGGAUUCAACGCCUCGGAUGAGACGCGCGUCAUCGUCCUCACCGGCUCGCAAAGGGCGUUUGCCGCGGGCGCCGACAUCAAAGAAAUGGCGCCCCUGACCUUUUCCGACGCCUACACCAAGUCCUUCAUCGAGUCGUGGUCGCUCUUGACCACGCAGAUCAAGAAGCCCAUCAUUGCCGCCGUGUCGGGCCACGCUCUCGGAGGAGGCUGCGAGCUCGCCAUGAUGUGCGACCUGAUUUACUGCACGGAAAAUGCAAACUUUGGCCAGCCCGAGGUCAAGCUCGGCACGAUCCCCGGCGCGGGUGGCAGCCAGCGCCUGACCCGAGCCAUCGGCAAGGCCAAGGCUAUGGAGCUGAUCCUGACGGGAAAGUCCUUUUCUGGCGCCGAAGCCGAGAGGUGGGGUGUUGCUGCCAGAACGUUCCCGACGUACGAGGUUCUGAUGGAGGAGACGCUCAAGACUGCCGAGACCAUCGCCGGAUACUCCAAGGUAGCCGUCCAAGCUUGCAAGGAGGUGGUCAAUAAGAGCCAAGACCUUGCUCUGCGAGACGGCGUUGAGUUUGAGCGACGCGUCUUCCACAGCUUGUUUGGAAGCCAGGACCAGAAGAUUGGUAUGAAGGCGUUUGCGGAGAAGAACAAGGCCGAAUGGACACAUUCGUAG